AUGUUCCACCCUAGAGAUGUUGUGUUGAUGGGUUCAAUGGUCCAAAUGGUCCUCAGGGGUAAUACUAUGACGCAUAUGGCCAUCGAUGCUGACUCUGAGCAAUGGUGCCAAGAUCUAGCUUUCUCAGCAACAGCAGUGGUAGUGGCCACUGAGCAGGCUAAGGAAGUGGUGUGGCAAGCCCACAGGAUGACCAUACCGCAGCUUCUGCAGCCUUUCGGAGGGUACUAUACCCCAAUGACGGUGCAGGUCCGCACAGGUGGUAGAUCAAGGCAAGUUGAGGGAUUCCGAAUACGCUUUCUGGCCACAGAGGAUGCCACGCAAGUGCCGGAGUCUGUAGCACAGGACCAGUCCUCGAAGGCCUUUGCAGCCUGUGUACCACAAGGAGAUCAGACCUUGGGUGGUACCUCCCCACCGUGGUUCGAUGCCUGGCUGUCCUCUGAGGUUGCAUCACUGGCCUUCAGUGACCAUGAGUGCAUAUCACAGCCGUUGGCGACGGUAUUGGUAGCCUCCACUAGCGCCUUGGAGCCCACUAUGGACGAUGAGGGUGUAGUGGACCCCAUAGAGGCCUUCGAGCAGCUCAUGCAUGAAGCUAAUAUGCCUCCUUUAGCUAGACGCGGGGUCCUCGAUCCUGAUGCUGCCCGGAUGAAGGUGCUUGUCCACGACCCUUCCAGGGCGCCCCCAGGCCUUGAUCUAGAUGCCUUGCUCAAUCGCAUGCAGAGCAACUACUCACCUAAGAGCUGCUUCAUCCUGGUCGUUGGGGAAGGGCAGGACCCUAUUCCCGACAUACAGGCCCUGUUCCGGCGAGGCCCUAUCACCCCGGCCCUUGACGAACGCGCUGCAGCAGGCGUCCAGUGGAGUGAAAUUGAUGACCUCCAACGUUUGGGUACCGCUAUAGUCACGGAGUGUGCGGUCCCUUGGGCUGAGAGGAAGCUCGCCGAGUUGGACGACAACAUAUCGCAGAAACGGAAGGGUUUCCGUAAUGCCUUCAGCCGUUUUCUAAGGAAGCCGAACCUCCCUGGUACAGAGGUCAUCAGUGGUCCCAUUGGCAGUAGUCAGAAUGUCCAAGGCCGAUCGACGGCUGAGGGCUAUACCCUCUCCAGCCUGGAGUGGCAGAUCCGGUUGGCUGGGGACCUCGCCUUCCACCUCCGGGACUACACCCAGGCCUUGUCCUACUACCGCCAGGUCACCCCGGACUUCAAGCAAGACCACCAAUGGGCGGUGGCCGCUGGGGCUUAUGAGAUGGCGGCGGUAGCUGCAUGGCUAGCACACAUCUCUACUGGAGGGGAGGUGGUCGCCGUUUCGGAGAUGAGCCGCUACAUGGACAACGCGGUAGAGCUGUAUCAGAAGGCCGGACCACGCUUCUAUCGGCAAGCGAUGCGGUCUGCGAUAAUACAGUCGGCAAUCCUGAGGGGGAGGACUGAUAGUCCACAGAAGCUCCUCAAGACCAACGGGGAUAUCCCUGAUGCUGGCCUCAGGUGUGCUCUUCUACUGGAGAGGGCCGCCAGGCUACAGAGGGACGCUGGUCAGGUCCGUAAGAUGUGUUUCCACUUGGUCCUAGCCGGACAUACCUUCAACAAGGCGGGCUACAAGCAGUGGGCUCUAGCAUGUUAUAAGGCUGUGGUGCCUGAAUACGCCGGCAAGGGAUGGACGCAUAUUACUGACCAUCUCCUCUUCACUAUGGCUAAGCAGACCUUUGCCCUUGGUCACACAACAAGGAGCAUCGCCUACUUCACGGACCUCUUCAACUCUAUUACCCUCCAGAAGGAUGUCCGCUCAACGAUAUCGGUCGGGAAGCAGCACAACUACCUCAAGGGCUUCCUAUAUGUGCUUCGAAGUCGGUAUGGGAAGGAGUUGGGAGACGUGCCGGUGGAUGAUCGAGUUGCUGUCAUCCUUCCGAAGGUCUCUGUUGAUGGGGUUAGUACCACAGUGGGGGACUCUGUUCAUAGGGCAGGGUCCGGGCAGAUGGAUGCUGGGGUGGGCCGUUGCGACCCUAUGGGGUUCACCAAUCGUCCUAUAGAGACAGAGGUGGAGAGCUGGGGGUCUAUAUGUGGUCUUAGUAUGGGCACGGACAGGGCACCUGCUGACGAUUCUGGAGUGGUCUUGGUCGGCCAACGAGUGUGUGCCACAUUGGUGGUAACGAACCCACUGCAAAUUCCCAUUGAAGUUACCGACCUCCGACUGGACUUUGAAGACCCUUUUUUGGUGGACUGCUCGGUGGCUGAUCCCAUCCGUUUGGAAGGGGAUCAGAUGGUGACUGUGGCGAUGAAUGUAACUCCUAAAGCGACAGGGAAGAUAGUAGUAACAGGAGCCCAGUGGGUCCUAGACCACACGGCCCCUUGCUGCUGGACAUGUCCUAAGGACCAACGAGUGUCCGUCACUGCAGUAGAUAGUAUGCCUCUUAUAAGAGCCAGCACCCCUGGUGUGCAGGGUGAGCUGUUGGUCGGCGAACUGAAACACCCGAUCAUCACGGUAGCCAACGUGGGAACGGAGACCAUCACCAAACUUGAGUGGUUCUAUUCACACCAGGACAAGGCCAUAGCCAUCAGUUCUCAAGGGAAGGAGGCAUCCGCCCAACCCCUGGCUGUAGGAGCCACAGUAGAAGUCCCUUUUACCAUCCGUGGUCACCAUGUUGGCCACCAUAGAGUCCGCCUAGCCGCCCGUGGUAUCGGCGUUAGUGGCAGGAUCACCUGGACUUGCCUUGAAAGAGAUGUCUUUGUUCAUCCUGGAGUACAAUUGAAGCUGGCUGGUGUGGGUUCCCCUAAGGCUGGACCUCGGCGGGCAGUAUUGGUUCCAAUGCGCUGCCUUGUAACGAAUUUUUCUCCAACUCAUACGAUAGUGCUCGACCAGAGUGGGCCUAUUGACGUGUACCCGUCCUCUGCCCUUGGAGCAUUGCAGGUUGACGAGGCCUUGCCCAUACCAGCAGGAGAGGAAAGGCUCGGCCCUGGUAAGAGUCUCCAGUUGAUCUACUGGGUUACUAGUGGUGGUGCGUACUCCUCUAUGGUUUCUGAAGGUGGGGAUUUCCUACUCAACGAGGCCAAGACAGCACAACACCUAUCGGCCAAUAGGAAGACCAAAACGCUAGGUGACCUUGGUUUACCGGUUCCAUCUGUCAAGAAGGAUGCCUCCAAGGUCUCUGAACAUUACCAUAUUGUCCUCAACUGGAAAUUGGAUGGUCCAGAUGAUGGUCGCGUUGGGCAGUCCUUCUGCCCUCAUGUAAGCCUACUGCAUCCGGGUCGUCCUAUCGUUGUAGCGGAGAGUGGACGGUCACCAAGAAGGACCCCAUUGGAUAGCAAUACUCUCAAGACCCUGACUGGCUUCGUGUAAUCAU